AUAAAUGUAAAUAUAUUUGAUUGGAUUGCUUUUGUAUGCUAAUUUUUGAGUUUAUAUGAGCAAAAUGUUUUUUAGUAGGUCAACAAUUAAAUUAAUUAAAGUCAUUCUACCAGUUAGAAAAAUGUCGACCAGUCCAGUUGUAAUUGCAGCAACUGAAAAACAUACAGCCACUUUGAUAUUUUUGCAUGGAUUAGGUGAUACAGGGCAUGGAUGGGCAAGUGCGAUUGGAGAAAUUCGGCAACCAUUCAUAAAAGUGAUAUGUCCAACAGCUAAUACAAUUCCCGUCACUUUGAAUGCUGGUUUUCGUAUGCCAAGUUGGUUUGAUUUAUUAACAUUGGAUUCAUCAGGCCCCGAAGAUACAGAUGGUAUAAAAAAUGCAUGUAAAUUAAUUCAUUCAAUGGUUGAUAAUGAAGUGAAAGCUGGCAUUCCGCCGAAUAGGAUCUUACUUGGUGGAUUUUCCCAAGGAGGUGCAUUAGCCUUGUAUUCUGCGUUAACUUAUCCACAAAAAUUAGCAGGUGUUGUUUGUUUAUCAUGUUGGCUUCCUUUACACAAGACAUUCCCUGACAGUCUUAAAGCUCCUUCAGAUUUACCUGUAUUACAGUGCCAUGGAGAUUUCGAUGCUGUGGUACCAUAUAAAUGGGGACAAAUGACAGCAUCUUUAUUGAAAGUUUUUUUAAAUACAACCGAAUUUAAAACUUAUAAAGGACUUUCACAUUCAUCAUCCGAUGCUGAAUUCCAAGACGUUAAAAAGUUCGUUGAAAAAGUAUUACCAGCCCAAUAAAUUCAAUUAUUCCUUGAUUUUAAAUAAUGUGUAAACAUUUUGUCAAAUAUUGUAUGCAUUCAAAUUCAUUCUAAAUCUAAUUACCUAAUUAUGUACCUAGUUUAGGUAUUUAAAAAAACCUAAGUAUACAUUUAGUCUUAAUACCUAUUAUAUACAAUAAUGAUGACUUUGUUAUCACAAUCGCAAUUUUAUUAAAUUAUAUUAUUAUUUCAAACAAAAA